AUGGCAGAGGAAAAGCUUGAGUUAAACAAUAUGGAAUCUGAUUUGUUGAGCAAUCCUAAGGGAAAAGCUAAAGAAAACCUUAAUAGCUACGAACGCGUUUUCCAACCCUGUAUCGCUGAGAUAAUAGGGACCAUGUUUUUUGUUUUUAUUGGCUGUGUUUCGGUGAUUGAGAAUGUGGAAGCUACAGGCAGACUACAGCCAGCUCUGGUGCAUGGACUUGCAGUAGCUGUCUUAGUGGCAUGUAUGGCAGAGAUAAGUGGUGCACAUUUCAACCCUCCUUUCACCAUUGCCAUCUAUAUCUGUGGAGGUAUACAGCUGAAAAAGGCGCUCUCUUACCUGGUCUGCCAGCUCAUUGGAGGUGUGCUUGGGGCAGGCCUGGCAAAAGUGAUGACCAUAAAAGAAAACUACGCCAAUGCAGAGGGAGCUGCGUUCACCAUUGUUAAAUCUGAUGAUCAGCUCAUGAGGGCAUUGUUUGCAGAGAUGGCCAUGACAUGCCUCAUCACUACUGUAGUGCUGCUGGCUGCUCUCAAUGCCAAGACCAAAAGCCCUUUAGCACCGUUCCUGAUUGGCUGCACCGUCAUCAUUAACGUGUUGGCAGGGGGUGAUAUCUCUGGUACAUGUCUCAAUCCGGCGCGAGCCUUGGGACCUGCAGUAAUGACGGGCUACUGGACGUACCACUGGAUCUACUGGGUUGGUCCUAUUACUGGUGGCAUUGUUGCAGCAGCCUUAGUGAGGGUUCUGCUCGGAGACCGAAAGACACGAGUCCUUAUGAAGUAA